UGUUGAUGAAGAAUGGACCAAACUGAUUUGGUAGUUGGGACGAAAAUACUGUUAGGAGUGGAGGAUUGCGUUCGAGUUGGCGACGUUACGUUCGUUGAUACGAAACGUACUUUCGUCCGUUUGAACAACAUACGAGAUGUAAACACUAACUCGGAACGUGGUGAGGAAUUUUACUACGCUCCCGAAAUACAAUCAAUUCGAAUCGUGGACAGUGUAAUCGAUCGUGCACUGACGAAGAUAAAAAACUAUGUGUUCAUCAACCAGAAAGAUGUCUUAUACCACGAAGCUGUAAAAUACAUACGACUGCAGCCGGAGUUCGGAAUACAUAUGGAAUGUAUUGAGUUCGGACGGCACACGGAAUUUCCGUCCCUCCUUUCCAUUGUUACGUUUCGCUGCAUUUUCAUUUUCGAUAUUCUUUGGUUAAAAAUACCUAAAGAUCUUGGAGAGCUUUUGAGCAGCGAUCGUUACAGACGUGUAGUUCAUGAUGGACGUAUGAUCAAAGAUGUACUGCUCCAUCGCUACGCUAUAACGCUGGGAAAGUGCUACGAUACUCUGGUCGCCCACAUUGCCACCAGGAAAGCGGCCGAGCAGAAGGUUAAUCACGAUGUGGCUAGCAUGGACAUUUCCGUUCAAGAUUGCGUAAAGAAAUAUUUUAAUCUUCCUGAAAGGUUCUAUCGUGAGAAUGUCGUCUUCACUGUACGAGUACUAAAUGAAGAAGCCAAACUGGAAGCUGCAAAAAAUGUUGCGUUUCUGAUCGAUCUGCAGAACCACUUCUUGAGCAAAAUCCUGUUGGUCGAUGUUUUCAAGCGUUGCUCGGUUUGAUUGGUCGUAAUC